GUCAUUUAAUUAUUGAUUCAUCAUUACUUUAUUACUUUAGUGUAUUAUGAUUGUCAGUGGGAGAGAUCUUUAUCAGUAGGAAAAGCUGUCAAACGUAUGAAAAUACAGUCAAAAGUUCAAAACUUAAGCCCAUCAUUCAUUCUUUUUAAAGCCAUCCAGUGGGCCAGAUUGACAUCCUUCUCCUUGUCGGGCCAAUUCUGGCCACCAUCUGGGUGUCAUGUUUGACACCCCUACUAUAAACAAUCCAUGUCUAGUAUAAUCUUUAGUAUUAAGUUGCUUUAGUAAAAGGUUUACAGUAAUAUGUGUGGAUUAUUAAAGAUAAAAUGUUUGGAACACCAUGCUCAAACAUGUUGCAUUUCUUUCAUUUAAAUAUUCAUCUUCCACCCACCCACCUACCCAUCCAUCCAUCCAUGGCCAAUUUCAUUAUCAUUUAUCCUCACAUUCAUAAAAAUAAACGUACAGUGUUUGGAUGGGGCACACUUUAAACGAGUAAUUGAUAUUUAGAUUUUAUUUUACUGGAUUGUCUCCAAACUGAAAACUAUUCAGCAGUGUUAUUGGAAGUGGCUAUAGGCACUGUUAUCAUAUUCAACUUUCUCUUUUACUGUUUGUUUUUGCGCGCAUCGAACGCAGAUCACUUAAUCUAGCGGCUGCAUCAAACGUUUAGAUCUUUGUUUGUAACCAAAUGUGACUCAUAUCUAACAUAAAAAAUUCCGCUGAAGUCUCAUCUGUGACACUGUCGUCUCUUUACCCCCUCGUUCAGUUCACUUCCUGACUGGGCUGCCGCAGACAUCACUGACGGCUCACUGACAAAUGAGAAAGGGACCGGAAAUCCUAUCCAUCAAUUCUGUCAGACUGCUGGAUGCUUCAGUAUAUUAGAGACAACCCACCACUUAGCCCACAACUGUGCGCCACGACCUCUCGGUAACUUCUGGAUUACUGGAAAGCAGAGGGGAUGAGACUACCAGAGAACAUGCCCCUACUGAGUCCUUAUCUUCUCUUGCAGGAGGCUGGAGAGGAACUGCGCUUCCAAACCCACAGCACACCACAGGUAGCGUCUCUAACUAAGGCUAUCUCGUGGACAGAAAUGGAAAGCUCAAACUCUACGCGCAGACCUGUUUCCACGACUCAAAAUUCACAACUAGACAGUGAUGUCGCUUUACCGAUUUUUAUGUUUGCUGGAGGCGCCGUUGGGAAUUUAAUUGCAAUAAUCGUUCUUUCGGUAUCAAGACAGCAGCGCAAAUCUUCAGCCUUCUACACGCUGGUGUGCGGGUUGGCGGUGACGGACCUGCUGGGCACCUGCCUGGCCAGUCCGAUAACUAUAGCCAACUACCUUGACCGGAAUGUGCUGUUGGACCAACAUGUCUGCGAGUUUCAGUCCUUUUUGUUGCUGUUUUUCGGUUUGACCGGACUCAGCAUCAUAUGCACCAUGGCGGCAGAGCGAUACCUGGCCAUAUGCUGCCCGUACACCUACCAGCGGUGGGGAGUGGACCGACGCUUUGCGCAGAAGCUUCUCCUCUUCAUCUACAUCAGUCACAUCUUCUUUUGCUGCCUCCCAAUGAUGGGCAUGGCGAAUAGCAGACUGCAGCCGUCCGAAACCUGGUGCUUCAUCGACUGGACGAUACACGAGCCCGUGUCCACCGCCUACUUCGUCCUGUACAGCGUCGUUAGCCUGCUGCUGAUCUUCGGCACCAUCCUGCUGAACCUGGCAGUGUGCGGCGCGCUGCUGCUGAUGCGCCAGAGGGUCGUGCAGCUGCCCGUCACCAGAGGCAGCGUCCGGGAAAGGUGGAGGGCUCUGUCCUCGGCCGCAGAGACUCAAAUGAUCGCGGUGCUGGUGAUGACUUCUGUGGUGGUCCUGGCCUGCUCAGCCCCACUAGUGGUUCGUGUGUUUGUAAACUGCUUCAAGAAUGAAAAAAACUUCAAAGCAGACCUGGCUGCCAUCAGGAUAGCCUCAGUUAACCCCAUCCUUGACCCCUGGAUCUACAUCCUCCUCAGGAAGUCCCUGUUCCGCCGGUUACUCGCUUUUUCCAGGCGAGGCAGCAGCAGCCGCAGCAGCUCCCCUCCUUUAACGCAAACCACCCUGUUUACUACCAACAUCGUGAAGGACAGCAGCGUGUUCACCCAGCUGAUGUGCAACGCCAGCAUCAUCACUCAGCUGCCCGCUACUGUCACAUUCACUCCGUGCGACACGGAGAGAGCCUCCAGCAGAGUUGACUCUGCAGAGUGAGCACACGUUCGACACUGAUGAAUGUUUGCUGCGUUAUGGUGGUGUGAGCAGCUUCACACACAGCCACAGACUCUGUCUCAGAGCCACUGAUGAUGAAGAUGUGGUGGGCCCACAUCACGGAGGGAUCCCCGGAGCUCCUGCAGGAUUAUUUAUCGACUGAAAGAGUCGUGCGUCACAGGGCUGACAAGAAGAGAGAAACAAUAUAUGACUGAGAUGUUGUUACUGAAGUGCAAUGUUAGAUCGAGCCUGUCCAAGCUGUCCAAUCUCUCCUUGUGGCUUCUGCCUAGCCGAGACACUCUUUCGCUAGAUGAAUGUCAUCUCUCAUGGGGUUCACCUCCACCUUUCCCCUUCCACUUUCCUCCAGAUGUCUCUGAUAGUGCCAAAGAGCCAUCAUAUGGUUCUUGUGAUGGACAGGAUCCUCCCUCAGCUCCAGCCGUGUUUAUGGAAAACUCCCCGAUGGUUUGUGCGUGUUUUGUUGUUUCUUUUUCAUCAGGAGAAACAUAUGAAAUUAAUAAAGCAGUGACCAAAAUAUGCUGAUGGCUGUUUGUAAUAAAGACUCAUGUUUGCAC